AUGCAGCUCGGCUGUAGGGGCGCCUCUGCGGGCGCGCGCCAGGCCCUCAGGACCCACAGGAAGAAGCAACAGACAGGGGCCCUAAACGAGUACAGGGAAAAGCUCCUAGCCCUGUCGAGGCAUGAAAAGGUCGUGCGGAUUGACCUAAAUGGAAAGGAAAAGAAAACGAGUAAGUACUUCUUUGAGAAGGAUAAAUAUGUGUACGUGAGGACCAAGGCGGAGAUUGAGCGGUUCGAGAGGGGGGCAGGGCGGCCCAUGGGUGGGGGGUUGGUCUCGUCAGCGAAGUCAACGAAGUCAGGGGUGAUAGCGGCCAUAACCACCGCUAACAAGGGCAACGCCGCUAACGUCGCUGCCCCUGCGAGGGAGCGAAAGUGCCGGAAGUCUGAGAAGACCCUGCGAGACACGUACGAUCUGUCCCAGGAGGAACUCCUCUACAUGAAGUUUAUCCAAAAAAUAAAAAUGAAAAAUAUAUACUCGCUACUCAACAACAUAAGAAAAAAUAAAUACAUAAUAAGUAAGAAGCAGAGAGAUACCCUUCUGAGCUGCAUCUACAAAUACGCAAGUCACAACUGCUAUGUGAUGUCCAAGACGGAGUUUCUCUUUUUCCUGUAUCUCUUCCCCCAGCAAUUAAAAUAUGCCUCCAGAGCAGUGCACUACUUGAGGAGCCUCCUUGAUAAGGACCAAAUGACUCUCACCCAAUGUCUCAGAUUGAUAAACGAGACAAACCUUUUCCAUGUGAACUGCCAUGUUAGAAGUAACUACGUCCGCUUCCUAACUAGAAAUGCACACAAGAUUACCCUUCCACAGAUAUUGAACCUGUUGUCCAAAGGUUCCUACCUCUUCGCCAUCACCCCUGACUUCAAAACGGAGGAGGAACGGCUAGAUGACAUCCUUAAGAAGAAGCUGCUUCAAAUUGUGAUGGAGACAAAGAGGAUUCCCCUUGAAGGGGAUCUAAAAUGGGACUAUCUACACUACAUGGAAUGGUGUGCCCGUCGAGAAAAUAUCUACCUGGACCUUCUCUUUAACGACCUGUCAGUGCAGCUGCACAGGAGAAUAUUCAUCGAAAAUGUGGAUGUCCUAAGGAAGAAACAGGAGUAUCAAUACAUACAGAGAGUCCUAACCCUAGGGAGUUACAACCUCUGCAUAGACCACUUAAAUGGGUUAGCAGUGAGUAGCCAUGUGGAUUGCUUCAAUACGAGGGGGACGAUCACCAAAGUGAAGGUCUUCCCCUCCUACAUUACGGGGCAAGGAGUGGGCGGUGCCAUUUGCGAUCGUGUCAGCGGGGAGGCAUCCAGCGAAGAAGCUACUUGCGACUUGCAAGAGGUGAACCAGCCAAACAGGGACACCCAUGUGAAGACCGCCCUCCAGUGUGAUGAUCCAGCCAAGAAAAACCAGUUCUCCUCCAAACCAACACAAGAAAGUAACACAUUGAGAAAAAUGAAAAUGGCCUUCUCCUUCUCCACCCCAUUCGAAAAACUACAAAGUAGUCAAUACGAUCAGUUGAAGCACAUGUAUCAGGUGAACACCAAAGUUACAGAUAAGAAUGUGAAGGUGCUGUUGAGAUUUCUUCGGAUGGUAUAUCAUCACAAUAGUUCAUCCCAUCUGGAGAAUCUUCUCUGCAGAGAUAAUCUUCCUCAAAUUGUUUCUGACCUGCGUAGGGGAAGAAGAAAUCUACCCUCCAGUUGUGAACGUAUGUCUAAGAUUGACUAUGGAGAGGAUUCCCCCCUUUGGAGACUCACCCGCUGGUGGGCCUCCCACCAAGAGAUCAGUUUGCCCGACAAACAGGUACCCUCAUUUUACGACCUAUUUGAGCAUACCCAGGGGAGAACCCCCUCCAGGGGACAGCUUCCACUCCAGGAGAAGCCGCUCCUUCCAUGUCAAAUUGACCAAUCGGAAGAGGUUACUAUAUUACCAGGCCAAGAAACUAACGAAGCGAAGAACUGGCACAGCCAGGAAGAAAGCCUCUCUAACGUUUCUCACCUGUCUGACCUCAAUCCGGCUCAGAAUCUUCCUCCCCUGUUUGAAGCAAUGGAUACCAUCUCACGCAUCGUAAACAACGUCUACUUCAGCGCACAGUAUAGGAGAAAACAUUUCUACAAAUCGCAGUUAAACUGUCUUGCGAAAUGUCUGCUUUAUAUGAGCAACUCAUUUGUGCACUAUGUUGACAGGGGAAGUAACCGCUCAGACGGGGAAGUGAUCCCACAUCGGAAGGAGAAGCUCCUUCUCAGCCAAGUGGAAAAAACCUUUUACGAGAUUUUCACCUGCGUCAUGAAGAAUGUGUACCUUAUAAACUUAUCCAACUGGUUCCACAUCUUCGUUGCGGUAUGCAAGUUUGGUGCAGCCGGGGGGGGAGCGGCAGGAGCAGGAGCAACACAGGAAACAUCAAGGGCAGCCUCGUCAGGAGCAACCGGAGAAGCCGCAACAGGAGGACCUCACUCUAAGACGGUGAAGCCAAGUGAAGAAGACACAUUCCCCACUGACCGAAUGGAGAACCUGCUCGAAAUAGUCAACACCGUGAGGGCGUACCGCUACCAGGAGGUGCGCACUAUGGUGGAGGAAGAGGACAGUCGGCGUUGCCUUCCAAUUGGGGAGUCGCCCUUUCCAGAGGGUCAGCUCCCAGGAGGGGAUACUCCCAACUACGACACUCUCCACAGAAUUAUACUAAGCAAGUUUGGGAUAGACGAUGAGGGGGUUAUCACCGCGAGGAGGCAGGCACGACUGGCGGCGCAGGGGCCUCAUAACUUCGGAAAAACACCCGACAUAGCGUUCCCCCCUGCGGUGAAGUCCACUUGCCAAAUGGCCACUUCACCUCGCGUGAAAACUCCACAAAACAGCGCCAACUUCCUCCUGAUGAUGCUAUCGAACUACCUUGACGGCGCGCCCUUCCAGAUGAAGCGCUUCCUAAUCAUCCUUUAUCAUUUUAAUAUGUCCAUUUUGAAAGGCGCAGCGGUCCAGGCCCACCUCGAGACUAAGUUGCAGAAAAACCAUGCGAAAUUUAGCAGUAGGUACUUCUAUGUGCACACCGGGUGCGGGGGGAAUAAGCCGAUACUGGACAAGUCGCUCGUUGCGAAGGUGCGGGUCGCCUACUUGGCGCUCAAAGGGGGGCGCUCUCCCGGUUCAGCCAGCAGUCUAGGCAGCAAUCUAGGCAGCAAUAUAGGCAGCAAUAUACGCGGCUGUCCUGGUUCACCCGGUUCGCGUAUUUCCCCGAUGGAGCGCUAUCCGGAUGACCACACGCACGACCUCUACACCCAGAUGGAAAACCUACUUAGGAGGAACAGACACUGCUUUACGCUGGACGACAUGAUCACCUUCAUCGUCACCUACAGCCUGAGUGGCCUCUACCACUCCACCGUUUACUUCUCCAUUUCGAAGUGGCUACUUCGAUACAACUUGGCCUCCCUCCCCGAUGAGGUAAAGAUAUUUUUAUUCAUCCUCUUCACCCAGUGCAGACAUGUGUACAAGCCGCUGCAGUUGUACCUCCUUCGUCUGGUGUUUCAGAUUAAGCAGCAGAUUAGGGAGCACAUUACCGACCCGCUUACCGACCCGCUUACCGAGGAGACUGCCCCCCCCCUUCUGUGCGCUCUCCUCCACAUGCUAAUCCGUCAGGGUCACCGCGCGAGAAGGGUAAGGUUAAAACACGUCCGCUAUGUUGAGAGAAAAUUUGGAAGAAUCCACUGGCCUUAUUUUUUCCCUCUCGAGUUGUUUCUUUGGAAGAGUGCACACAAGAUUGCGUCCAGGAGGAUACGCACCCUGGAGAGUGACUCCAUGAGUGACAAAUCGAACAGCCCACGAGGAAAACAAACAAGAACGACUGCCACUAUGUCUGAGACGACAAAUUCAACAGAACUCACUCUUAACUUAAACUUUGACGUGUUAAAAUUUGAGGAAUGUUUGAAGGGUCUCCUUCCACAAAUAGGCCAGCAUUUGGAGAAAAGUUCAAUUGGGGGACAAGAUCGACGUAGCGGUACCCCCCAUGGGGUGAUGAUGUCCCCCGCAUCCCCUCCCUCUGCACAGCUCCACCCCUUGGAUGAAACAACUCAGCAGCAAAUGCUCCAGAAUUGCAAAAAUCUCCUUUCAUACCAUUUCGUGCAGAGAAACUUUUUGGUAAGCAGGAGGUCGCUGUACUAUGCCAUACUAGUGCAGCUCAAAGAGGUGUGGAAGGGAUAA